AUGCUGAAUCUGUUUGCUGCUCUGGGCCUUGUUGAGAAGGCGCUGAAUAAAAAGGACAUUCUCUUGGUGGAGUAUGGCAAGAUAUUUCAUCUCCGCCUUAGAUAUCCUGCUACAUUUGAAUGGGCUAUUCCAGACUCACAGCUGCCUCUAGUAUCAGAAACCCUCUUGGAGCAUGGUAUCCCACUCAGCAGUGUUCUGAAGUCCUGUGCAAAAGACUACAGUGAGCAAGAGACAAUAGAUGUAAUGCACUAUUAUGCUGCAAUGUGUAUUCAUCUUAUACCACUGUUCUAUAUGCUCCUGUCACUCAAUGUUUGUGUGAGAGUCCUGUCCACUGUCAACUUGCAACAAAGCUUACUGGUCCCAAAUCCACAAAGAUAUCUGCUCUAUAAGAUCAAGAAACUCCUCAGCCUGCCAUUGAGUAUGCAGCAGCAUCCUAUCUGCUCUGAUAUUACUCAGGUUCUGUCAAGAUAUGUGUUCUCAAAAUUACCAGACAAUAUUGAAGACAAGAAGAGUGAGAGCAAGAAACAUUUCAACAACAUGUUCAGAAAGCACUGGCUGUUGUGCAGGGCUGGAAAUGGAGAGCUGGCAAUGAGAAGUAUAUUCAUCUUGUGGAACUUCUUAUUCAGAAUGGGUGAUGUUCUGAGACUCUGA